AUGGUGGCGAGACUUCGUCUCGGCAGGUUCAACCGUGCUACAAAGGCUGCUGGCUUGCUAGUGCGACAAGCCGACCGAGGACAACAAACCCGUUGCGUCAUACUGCUAAUGUCUACUAUGUGUUCUUCAGAAGCUAGGGCGUACCCCAGAAGCGACGCGCAUUGUCCUCGCCCGGGCAAUGUGGCAAAUAUGAGAGGGCUACCGGCUAGAGGACGAAGCCGGCCAAAGAAGUUAGUCCGCCAUCGCCAGCAACAUCCAGUGCGCUUGGCAACACUUAACGUUGGGACGCUUACUGGAAGAAGUCCUGAACUGGCAGACAGUCUCAGAAAACGCCGUGUUGACAUAUGUUGUGUACAGGAGACUCGCUGGAAAGGCUCCAAGGUAAGGGAAUUAGGCGAUGGCUACAAGCUGAUCUACCACGGCACAUCGAAUCGCAAUGGCGUUGGUAUCAUAUUGAACGAGUCGUUUAGAAAUAGCGUCACAGCGGUGGAUCGACUAUCGGAUCGCUUGAUGGCUGUAAAAGUAGAUACAGGAGAAGUGGAAUUGCGAGUCGUCUCUGCUUAUGCGCCACAGGCGGGCUGUAGUGAAGAAGAGAAGGCAAGCUUUUGGGAGGAUCUGGAGCAGUACGUCCAAUCCCUGAAAAGCGAAGAAAUACUUUUAAUCGGAGGAGACUUCAACGGACAUGUCGGUUCUCGGAAAGACGGAUUCGAGAGUUGUCAUGGUGGCUAUGGAGCUCGUAACGACGACGGGUUGCGAAUCCUGGAGUAUGCUGUUGCAAGUGACUUGAUCGUUGCUAACACGCAGUAUCGGAAAAGAAAAUCGCAUUUGAUCACGCACACCAGCGGCGGUCGUGAAACACAAAUAGAUUUCUGGAUGUUACGCCGACGAGAUCGCCGACUUCUGCAGGAUUCAAAAGUCAUCCCUACAGACCAUGUCGCUGCCCAACACCAUCUGCUCGUUAUGGACUUGAAAAUCUCCCGUCCAAGGAAAAGACAUCCAAGGACUGAAACACAGCGCAUCAAAUGGUGGAACCUGAAGGAUCGAAAGGAGAUAUUUUUUUGCGCGGCAAUUCGUGAGAAGAAGACCAAGUAUAAGCUCUGGUGGAGGACACGUCAGCCUGAAGAUUGGGAUGCUUACCUAGCGGCGAAGAGGGAGGCUAAGAAGGCAGUCUCCAAGGCGAAGUCGGACCGCUACAAGGCUGUGUACGACAUGCUUGAUACCAGAGAAGGGGAGCGGGCAGUGUAUCGUUUAGUUAGAGCGCGACAUCGCUCAACGUUGGAUAUGGAACACACCAAGAUCGUUAAGGGAGUUGAUGGAGCCGUUCUGCGCCGCCCUGGUUAG